AGUCAGCUGGUCGAUCAGAAAACAAAAACACUCUAGCAUCUUCAUCAAUAUCAUCAUAAGCAAAGUGACAGCUGUCAUCCGACAGAAACAGCCUUCUCAUAAUAAACCGUCUCAUAUUUUGCGGUGAGAGUUUCAUCCUUAUCUGCUGUGUGGAAGUGCAAACAAAAUGUGAGACGUUUCACUUUCAUUGAGUCAAGAUGGCUGAUGACUUGGUUUCCUGCACAGCUGGGGCGCAAGCAGUCAUACGCUCCACUCAGCCCUGUCCCAGACAGAAGUACCGCAGUAAUGGCCAUUCACAGGGACUGCUGGAUGGACUCCUGAUGCUGCGACAAGGGGGGAUUCUGUUUGAUGUGGUUCUUAUGGUAGAAGAUAGGCCCAUCCAAGCUCACCGUAUACUUCUGGCGGCUUCAUGUGACUAUUUCAGGGGAAUGUUUGCUGGAGGUUUGCGGGAGAUGCAGCAAACUGAGAUCCCUGUUCAUGGAGUCACUUACACAGCAAUGACUAAACUGUUGGACUUCAUCUACACCUCUGAGCUGGAGCUGGACCUGGACACAGUGCAGGAGGUGCUGUGUGCAGCGACCCUACUACAGGUCCAAGAUGUGAUUGGCUUCUGCUGUGACUUCCUUUUCUCCUGGCUGGAUGAUGACAACAUCCUGGAGGUUGAGAAGCUAGCUGACAUCUAUGGUCUGAAUCAGCUCGGGGAGAAAAUUCGCACUUAUCUGCUCAAAAACAUCCAAAAGUUCUCACGUACACCAGUGUAUCGUAAACUUCCUGCAGAAAAGAUGCUGAGCAUUCUUUCCAGCGAUGAGUUGGAGGUGAGCUCAGAGAACGAGGUGUUUGAAGCAGCCCUGCAUUACCAUUACACACCUGAACAGGUGGAGAAGAACCAGGUGUGCUUACAGGAUCCAUUGCGAAUGUUGGAAGCAGUGCGGUUCUGCCUGAUGGAGAAGCACGUGCUACAGCGUUUGUACAGUCGAUUAAAACAAUGUCCGCUGCGGGACUCUGUGGCCGCCGCUCUGCGUUACCACAGUCAGGAGCUAUGGCAACCGGUGAUGCAAACCCCUCUUACUCAACCACGCUGCAACUCUCAGUGUAUUCUGGGCUUUGGUGGCAUGUAUUCAUCCAGCGCACUUGCGGACAACGAAGAGCGCUUCCAGGUGUUCCACCCCUCCUGGGGGGAGUGGCGUAGUCUCACUGCAGAUCGGGCUCCACGCAUGUCCAACAUGGGCAUUGCGGUGCUUAAUAACUUUGUUUACUUGGUUGGAGGAGACAAAAACACCAGUGGCUUUCGUGCUGAAGCUCGAUGCUGGCGGUACGAUCCUCGGCACAACAGCUGGUGUAUAAUUGAACCUUUACGACAACAGCACGCAGAUCAUUGUGUCUGUGUAGUUGAUAAAUAUAUCUACGUCAUCGGUGGACGCAACUAUACCAAUGAAUUGGACUGUGUUGAGUGCUACAACCCUCAAGCCAACACCUGGGAAUAUGUGGCACCGCUAAAACGAGAGGUAUAUGCCCAUGCUGGAGCAGUGAUUGAUGGGAAGAUCUACAUUGCGUGUGGUCGGCGGGGAAUGGCCUAUCUUAAGGAGACCUACUGUUAUGAUCCCACUGGCAAUCACUGGAGCAUAUGUGCUGAAGGCCCGGUGGAGCGUGCCUGGCACGGAAUGGCAGCACUGAAUGGCCGAGCUUAUGUAAUUGGAGGAAGCAACGAUGGUUGUGGUUACCGACGAGACGUCCUCAAGGUGGCAUGCUACAACCCAACAGCAGAUGUGUGGUCUGUGGUGAGCCCAUUGCCUGCUGGUCACGGAGAGCCAGGGAUGGCCAUUCUCGAUGGAUGCAUCUACAUCCUGGGUGGGAGGUCGCAUGAUAAGGGCAGUCGCAUGAAGUAUGUUCACAUUUAUAAUGCAGAGGAGGACCAUUGGGAGAGUGGAACAGCCCUCGAGGACCGCGUAUCCGGGCUUUCAGCCUGUGUCGCACUUUUGCCACAGGCAACCAUGUCCAAUGCACACAGCUGGGAACAGAGAGCUAAAGCAUCAUGGGAGGAGGUAGACUGGGACGAAUCUGACAACUCCAGUGAGGACUGAUGUGUUAGUGCUACACAAAUAGCUUGUACAAUUGCAAAGUGACGGAAUGAUAUACUUUAUUACAUUUAAGAGCCCUAAAAAAAUUCCAUAAUCAAGUUUUAAUCAUUUUUUUAAAAUGUGUAAUUCAUUAAUGUGUAAAUGGUAAAGACUGUUGAGCCUGUCUAUAAAUAGCUACAAGUGUGUUGGAAGUGUUCAGGUUCUUAAAGGGAUAGUUCACCCAGAAAUUCUGUCAUAUCAUCCUCAUGUCGCUCCAAACCCAUAUGAACCCGUAUAAAAAAUCUUCACACUGCUCUUUACCACAUAAUGAAAGUGAAAAAAAGGACAAAAUAACACCAUAAAACCACAAUAAAAGUAGUUGACAAUACUCACGCAUAAGUCUUCUGAGGUCAGAUUUUUCAUUUUGUGCUCCACAGAAAAAUUAUAAAUCAUACAGGCUUGGAGUGAUAUGAGAGUGUGAAUAAUGAUAGAACUUAUUCAAAUCAGCAGUAAAAUCGGACAAAACUGGAAUCAUAAACUGAUACUUUACCUCAGAUAACGCAAAAAAAACCUGCAUUUUUCCCAUCAUUUGUUGCUCAUGUGCAUGCGCAUUCUCGGGUUUAUUGACAGGCGAUAUCUGUAUCUAAAAGGUGAUUGGCUCUUUUACCUGUAAGACAGGACUUCCUUUCUACAUCCGUUGACUAUUGGGCAUUCUAAUUUCUCUCAUUCAUUUUAAUAGAAGUGGCCUGUCUCGGCUAUAAAAGUCUCUGAUACAAGUUAAGCUCAAUUGAUAGCAUUUGUGGCAUAAUGUUGAUUACCACAAAAAUGAUUUUGUCCCUCAUUUUCUUUAAUAAAAUAAAAUAAUAAAAUAAAAAUCUGGGUUACAGUGAGGCACUUACAAUGGAAGUAAAUAGGGCCAAUCUGUAAACAUUAGAAUACUAAAAAAUAUAUCCACAAGAUGUAAACAAUAUGCACGUAAACAUGAAAAAAAUCACUUACUAACAUUUUCUGUGUAAAGUUAUAGCUAAUUUUAGAACUUUGUUGCUAUGAUGAUUUAAUGUAAACAGACCCUAAAACGACUGUAAAAAAAUUAUGAUUUAAACAACUUUACAGCUCAAAUAAUACAUGAGUUUGAACAGAAAAAUUAAUGUAAGUGCUUUUAUAAAUUAUAAGCUUUACAUUUCUACUUUAAACUCUGUGGACCCAGUGGCAGGUCCAAAGGUGGGCGCUAUAUUGCGAAAAAAGUUUACGCUUAAAAUGUUAACGUUUCUGUAUACAUAAGUCAGGCAUAUGAGGUGUCAUUUGAAAGCUUAGAAUAUCUUUUCAGAGGUAAACACUUCUGCAUUUAUUUUACUUAAAAUAACAAAUUAAAGCCUCAAAAUAUUCGUGUUGAAUAUUAGUGCCCCCCAGAGGUAAUGGAGUAGAAAUAUUUAUAUGAAAAUAAAAGUCCCUCACAUAGCACAUAAAGGACAAGUUAUAUAUCAAAUGAAAGCUCACAUUCUCAGCAAUGUGACUGUACAGUUUAUUUUGUUGCCCUAAUACCACAGUUCGAAAGAUUUUCAAAAGAAUUACAAAGUGAAAUAUGAUUUCUGUAAGCCAUCAAACACAAAUGUCUCUUUUAUGUGCCGAACAUUGCAUAGUUAAAAACUUUAUAUAUGCUUUUACCUUAGGCAGUUUUCUAAAAAAAUUAGCCAUUUUUUACUUCUCUGUGAGCUUGCUUGGCUGAAUAAUCCAAUGUUAUAUCUUAGGUGUCCAGAACAAAAAAUGCUAAACAUAUCAUCAUAAAAAUAUGUUUUCGACUAUUGAUGAUAAAAUAUAUAUAUCAUCACAAAGGGGAGGAUCUCAGCUUUCUAAUGACUCUUAAAUUGAGCUUCUAGUCCACUCAGAGGACGAGAUAUUUGAUGAAACAAAAAGGGUGAUGCUUGAAUGAAUAAUUAGACUGAAUAUCUAUGGACAAGCACAUCUGUGAGGGCUAAAAUGCACCACCUACAUUUCAGAUCUGCAUUUUGUGAUGGAAUGUGAUAGAGAAAAAGCCUUAUUUUGGCUUGCUGCCAAAGUGAGGUAGAGUGAACAGAACCACAAUUACAUGUUUACAAAGUUUGUAAAAAAAAACAACAUUUUUUUCCCAAAAAAACAUUCGAUUUAUUUUAAGAUGAUAAACUCAUACAAUAUUUUUUAUGAAUAAUUAGAGUCUUUUUUUGGGGGGGGGGGGGGGGGCAUUUCUGAAAAAAUGAGACCAAUUUUUUGCAAUUAGUCCACAGUAUGUGUGAAUGGUGAGCUUUUAAAUGUGAAUGUUAGAGUGUGAAUUGCGGGUAGCAGCCCCAAAAUGCACCACAGUUUAAGGUGUGAAACACUCCAAAAAUUGGCCCCAUUUACUUCCAUUGUAAGUGCCUCAUUGUAAACUUGAUUUUUGCUUCUUUUUUAAAAAAGAAAAUGAAGGAAGAGUCUAAAUGUUUUUUUUGUGGUAAUCAACAUUAUGCCAUAAACUCUGUCGAUUGAGCUAAACUUGCAUUGAACCAGGAAUAUUCAUUAAAACAAAUUUUUCUCUUAAAAUUAUUAUUACAGUAAUGCGAAACAAUCUCAUUCCCAAAACUGUAAUACCAGCCUAAGUAUAAAGUAACAAAAAUCAUCCUGUCUGAUUUAUAUAUAUAUAUAUAAUUAAAAUCAGCAUGAAUUAAAUUCAGUACAACAAAUAAUAGGAUGAUAUUUGUUUACAAAUUUUUGUUUACAUUUUGUUUAUAAUGAUGGUGCCUUUAUUUUACUGAUGUUUUUUUUAGAACGUCCAAUGCCUUUUUAAUUAAUAGAUUUUAUUUAAGUGCAAUAACAUGAUUUUCAAAGAAAAAAAAUGAAAUUUUGUGUGGUGAACAGAAUAAUAUAGUGAAUGUUGGUUGUUGAGUGACUACAAAGAGACAUGGUGGGUUCUGCAUAAAUUGCAAGUUAUUGAUUUAAACCCUUUUAAUGUUAACCUCUCUUAAUUUUAAUUAUUAUUUUUUUAUUUUUUUAUUAUGUUCUGUUAAAAAUUCCUUUAAAAGCAAAAUGUUAUGCCCUGAAAUUGACUAUAUACUGCUUCUUACAAUUUGUUUUUUGUUGUAUUUAAUUUAUGUCUGGAAUAUAUCAGACUUAUUGCCACUUUAAACUUUACACUCUAAAUUUCUUUAUUAGAUUUGUUUCACAAAGUUGAAUGUCAUAAUCAGGAUUCAUAAUCAUCAUCAUAUUAAGUCUGCAAAUAUUUGAAAUAUUUAAUAUUUUAUCAAUUAAAAUAAAAAAUUUUUUUAAUGCAAACUAUCACGAUAUGAUACAAAUAUUCUUUCACUUAAUGGUACAAUACUUAUUUUUUGACUGUAAUUGCUAAAACUAAUUCAUCUAAUUUCAUCUUUUUGGGGGGGUGGGCUUUUAUGUUGUAACUACAUUGUUUGCAAUGUUAAGGUUCCUUAACGAGUAUAUAAAGAGACAAUAAAGAGUAAUCGAUGGUAUUGCAGUUGUCUGGUGUACUUUACACAACUUGACUCGAUCAUACAGCCAGCUUUAAGCAGAAGUAACCAUUAGGCUACAGAAACAGAGAAAGAAAGCAGAGUGAAUUAACAGAAGGAAUAUUUUCUCAGAUUGGUGUCUCAGCAACAGAUGCCAGUGCUGCUAGUAUCCUGUAUUAUGGUGUUUUAACAGCCUCAGCUGCAUUAACCGACAUAUCUCUUUUUAACAUCACCCAGAGGGGCUCUUAAGGCUUCAGUUUAGUGUUAAAUGGUCUGUGGAUGGUUAUUACAGCGUGAAGAUUUUUAUGUUCUCUCACUUUCCUGCACACUCUCUCAUGCAUUCACAUAGACAUAAAAACCCUUUCAGCAUGUCUGUUUCAUU